GGCAGGGCCGGGGGGCUCUGGAGGCCUCGCGGGGUCCCGGGCCCUGGGGUCGGUCCACCCGGGCUGGGUGAGGGCCCUGCACGGGCUCCUGUCCCGGCCGUGCCCCGGGCUGUCUGUCAGUACACCCCUGCUCUUGCUGCUUGCUGCCUGUCUGCCAAGCUCGGCUGCUGCGUUUUGAGCCCAGGUUAAAGGGAAGAGAAGUUGAAAACACCCUCCUGGCUGUGCUCUGGGCCUCCCCUCCGUCUCCAUCAUGGCAGGGGGCAUCACUGACACUGGAGAGCUUUACUCUCCAUAUGUUGGCCUGGUUUACAUGUUCAACCUCAUCGUCGGGACAGGAGCCCUCACGAUGCCAAAGGCCUUUGCGACAGCAGGGUGGCUCGUCAGCCUCAUCCUCCUCAUGUUCCUGGGAUUUAUGAGCUAUAUGACUACGACCUUUGUGGUGGAAGCCAUGGCUGCUGCAAAUGCCCAGCUGAGAUGGAAGAGAAUGGAAAAACGCAAGGAGGAUGAUGAGGAUGAAGAUUCUUCCUCUGGAGUAUCUGACAGUGAUGUUCUCCUCCCAGAUGGCUACGAGCGAGCGGAGACACGGCCUAUCCUGUCAGUUCAGAGACGUGGCUCACCCAAUAUCUUUGAAAUCACUGAGAGGGUGGAAAUGGGCCAAAUGGCUUCCAUGUUCUUCAAUAAAGUGGGUGUCAACCUCUUCUAUUUCUGCAUAAUUAUCUACCUCUAUGGAGAUCUGGCAAUCUACGCAGCAGCAGUACCAGUCUCUCUCAUGCAGGUGACCUGCAGUGUCACUGGCAACCAUUCUUGUAGUGUUGGAGAUGGCACAAAGUACAACGACACAGACAAGUGCUGGGGGCCAAUUCGGCGAAUUGAUGCUUACAGGCUGUACCUGGCAGCAUUCACUCUCCUGUUGGGUCCUUUCACCUUCUUCAAUGUGCAGAAGACCAAGUAUCUUCAAAUCAUGACGUCCCUCAUGAGAUGGAUAGCUUUCAUCCUCAUGAUAAUUCUGGCCCUCAUCCGCAUCAGCAGAGGCCAAGCUGAAGGUCACCCGUCCAUGGCCCAGCUGUCGGGCAUCCGCAAUCUCUUUGGGGUGUGCGUCUACUCCUUCAUGUGCCAGCACUCCCUGCCAUCCCUCAUCACACCCAUCUCCAAGAAGAAGCAUGUCAACAAGCUCGUGCUGCUCGAUUACAUCCUGAUCCUGGCUUUCUACAGCCUCCUGUCCUUCACUGCCAUUUACUGCUUCCGCAACGACACCCUCAUGGACAUGUACACGCUCAACUUCACCAACUGUGAGAUCAUCAACGUUGCCUUCAUUCGGUACUUCCUGGGCCUCUUCCCCGUCUUCACCAUCAGCACCAACUUCCCCAUCAUCGCAGUGACCCUGCGCAACAACUGGAAGACCCUUUUCCACAGAGAAGGGGGGACCUACCCGUGGGUGGUGGAUAGGAUUGUCUUUCCUGCCAUCACAUUGAUUCCCCCAGUGCUGGUGGCUUUUUGCACCCACGAUCUGGAGUCCCUGGUGGGGAUCACAGGAGCCUAUGCUGGGAAUGGGAUCCAGUAUCUCAUCCCGGCUUUCCUCGCAUACUGCAGUCGGAAGGACACUCAGCUGGUCUUUGGCAGCGGGACAGUGAACAAGCACCUCUCCCCCUUCAGGCACACCUUCUGGAUUGUGUUUGUGCUCAUUUGGGGCUUUUCUUGCUUUGUGUUUGUGACUGCAAACAUUGUCCUGAGCGAGUCAAAGCUCUGAUGGGGGAUAGCAGCACGUUCCCUCUGGGGCUCCAGAGACUCCAGCAUUUCAGCUCCCCCUCUGGGACUGUGCAGUGGGGGAGAGGCAGUGUGAAGGGAAGUUUCCAGGCCACUGGCUUGGUGACACGGAUCAGACCUGGACACAGACUUUCUUCGCUCCAUUUUGGGUGUGGAUGGAGUGGAUUCAGCCUUGUCACAGUUGUGGUUCUCAGACAAAGCCCUGGGGCUGAGCCCUUGGCAGCCUGCACCAGUGUCCAGCCAUUUCUGCCUUCGGCUCUGUCGGAGCAGCACGUUCCCUGUCCCUCAGUGGCUCUCUGAGUGCUGCAGGUCUCAGCACACAGAAGAGCAGACAGCCUCGGCUGCUCACUGCACUGAUCGGCUAAAUGUCCCUUCUCCCAAAGGCAGGGAUGUGCUGUGCAGAAUCCAGCAGGAGUUUGGGAGAACUGAGUCUCCUUUCUGCUGAGACUCCUUCAAACCAACCUCCUGUGCCACCUGAAGGAAGAAAUUAGAGUGGGAAUAGACCUAAUUCAGAAGGACGUAAUUUUUUGCAGUUACAUUUUCAUUUUCUAGAGUCAUUAAUUUGUUCGUGCACCAUGGAUUGCCUGGGAUCUGUAGCUUAGAGCUGGAUUUCUCCAGCCUGGGAGUUUACAUUAACACUUCCAUCCUGUUUUCUUGUGCUGUGGCAGCCCAGUUGCUCAGAGCAAUACCCCUCUGCAUGCAGGGAUACAGCUCUUCCCCCUGGAAAGGCAAUCAGCCUUGCGUCCCUCGGCAACAACAGACGGCUUGGAGGUUUCUGCUGCCAGAGCCCUUGUCCCUUUCUCCCCUUUGCACGGGGCUGCUACAAGCAGCCAGGCCCUGAGUCCAGCGGUCGGGAUCGGGGAUGGGCUGGGGAGGUGCUAAUUACCCAGUCCUGACACGCGAGAGGCCCGCAGAGCUCCGGCUGUGCACAGUGAUGCGUUCCCAGCUCCCCGUGCUGGGUAAUUAGCCUUGAAACAAGGUGGGUGUUAACUCAGGGGAAUGUGCUGGUGCCAGGAGGAAGCGGCCGUGUCCUGGCUCAAUCCUGCCUGCAGCAGCACAGCUCCCAAAACGGGGCAGGAAAACCUGAAACCCUGCUGGAACUGGGCUUGAAUCCCCCCUCUUCUCCUUCUGCACAGGGUUAAGGUGGGCUUUGGGCUGCUUCUGCUCUGCUUCUCUGAGAAUGGGGCUGCUCUUACCUUAGGCAGCUCUAGGUGAGCCUCUGCUUUUAAGGCAAUUUUGGUCACUGUAACACCACACAGUGACAAACAACACCAAGACCUAUGCUCUGAGGCCCUUGGGCACAGAUCAAAUGGGGUUUCCUGACAAAAGGAAGAACAUUAAAAGUCUUCACCUGAAAUAUUUUAACCCCUUGUUAUCUAAGCAGGUUCAAAGCCAGGUGCAUGUCAGAUCCUCCUGCCCUCUGCACUUGCUGCAGUAUUAAAUGUCACCACUCACUAAAGCAAGCUUUGAACUGCAGCUCUUUUUAAUCAAGCUCUGUUUUCAAGUAGGACUUUCUGGUUUCCAUAUGACCUGAAGUGCUCCUCCUGGGGGAAUAUGCAAGUACCUGGAGCUGUAUAAAACCACUUUAUGGCUUUUAAAGCAAAACCCUGCACCUCUCGAGCCUGAGCACUGCCACUGUGUCCUUGUGGAGCUGCCUGGAGAGGAUCCGGGGGGACUGUUUGUCUUGUCGGCAGCUUGAUCCUAAACAGACUUUGGCAGCCCUUGCUAGUGAGUUUAAACAUCCCCAAGAGCUCCUGCAAAGCUGAUGUGGCAUCUUCAGUACCAAAUUAAGAAGGUAUUUUACAGGUAGCUGGUGCUGGUGUCUCAUUUAGGAAGCAGUAGGUUGGAGGGCAGAUUCAUGGGGCAGCUGAGCUGGGAGCCACCUGCAAGGCAGCUGAGAGCUGGGCAGAGCUGGAGGGAGGAAUUUAAUGCUGAUGAAAUGAGCCUUUGGAAGCUGGAGAGGCUGAGGGGGCUGUUCCUCUGCACGAGUGUGCAGGUGUGGGUUCAUGGAAGGGACUGAGAGCUCUCUCUGCCCUGGGCUGCCCGUGCUUUGCAAAGCUCAGCCCCAGCCCUCCACAUGCCCAUUUCAGCCUCUUGCCUUCACAUUUCAUUGCAGCCAGAGAAUGGGGCUGUUCUCCGUUAUUCCAUCUCCUCUCGCCCUCCCUUCCUCUCUCAGGGCUGCCCUGCUGGCCCUGCCUGGGAUAGGGGAGGAAGAGCACCCAGCCUGACACCCCCUCCCCUUUCCUGCCACCUCUUACAUUUACAGAUGUGCCUUCUCUUCCCUGGCCCAUAUGUCCCCCUCGACAGUGACUUCUGAGGGGCUGUACCUCCAGGAGCUGCUUGGAUCCAGGUUUUGGAUGCACUGGCACACUGAGGGCUCACACCCUGGCCCCAGCCUUUGCCGUGGUACCUUACUGGGAAGGACUCUGCUCCCCAAAGGAGCAUGAGUGCUUCUCAAAUAAAUAACCACGAAUUCCCAGACACCCAUCGUCCUUGCACAGCAGCAAAACAAAUAUAUCCGAGAAAUUGGGGUGGUUAACGGAAAGAAGCUCUACAGCAGAGAACAUUUUUCAUAUAAAACAUGACAUAGCAAUGCCUUAAAAAUUACUGGAGAAAGUGGGAAGGGGAUGGCUCAGUGCAGCCAGCGCUGGCUGGAGGGAUGCUGUGUGACCCCUGGGUGCGGGGCAUGAGCUCUCUCCUCUCACCCAUCGCGAAUUGAGUCUAUUUUUAUUUGGCCAUUAUCAGCACUAACAAUUCAUUAUUACAGAUUCACACGUGAUGCUUGUCCUGACUAUAAUUAGUUUUCAAAAAAAAAAAAGGGAUUAAAACCAAUAAAAUGCACAUUAUACA